AUGGCGUCUUCGGAAUCCCGCAAACCUGAAACCUUCCGCAGAGCCCGCGGACUAAGAGCAUCUGAGAAAAGAGCACAGUGCACUUUACAAACCACCUGGGAGCUCUGCCAAUUAUCUCUCCAUGGAGGAGUUAAGAUUUAUGGUUCGGGACAACGGCAGCAGACUGAGUUCCAUUUGGAACAAAAGGUGCUCGUGAAUAGCAGUCUCUAA